GCAAACAGAGAGGCCUAACGCGUUCGUACAAACAAUAUGUAAACAUUUCGUUUCCAUUCUCCUCUCUUCGUCCAGCAUUUGUUUUGCAGAAAUUAGGUUACAACAAUAAUCAUGACGAAAUUUGUUGGGAUUUGAUUAUUUAUCUUCUUCUCUUAGUAAGUUAUUUCAAUGGAUUACAAUAUAUUUUAUACAUUAACCUGUUUUUUUCAUGAUCAUUUUUAUUUCCUGCAUUGCGUUUCAAUGUGAAUAAAUUUGGGUUUCUUUUAACGACAAUAAAAAUUAGGCAUUUCCUCUUCACGGUCUUUGUUCAAUGUUUUUGUAUUAAUUGAUACAUGUUACGUUUAGUACCUACAUUGAGAUUAAUUGUUCUAUAUUUUGACAUUAUUAUACUUAUCGAUUCUCAAAUAGUAACCUGUAUUUUCCCUUGAUUUCUUUAAUAUCUGGGUUUUGAUCUUAAUAAAUGUAUUAUCCAUAAUGCAAACAUAAAUUACUUUUUGAUUUUUUUCAAUGAAAAUGAUCAAGUUUUGAUUGUUAAACUCAUAUACUUUUUUUGAUUUUUUGGGUUUUGAUAAGAAAAUUGUUUCUCUAUUUUAAAAAUGUUGGGAUUCUUUUUUAUGUCUUUUGUUUGAAUAGUUUUUAUAAUGUUGAAAUUUUGGUAAUCACAUUUUUGAGGAGAGGAGAAAAUGAAGCUAUUUGUGCGUGUAAUAGAAGCUCGGAAUUUAAGAGGAAUAGAUUUUAACGGAUUAAGUGAUGCAUAUGUGAAAUUAAAAGUUGGAAAACAGAAAUUCAAGACUAAGGUUGUAAAGAAAAGCGUAAAUCCUUCAUGGGGUGAAGAUUUUAGUUUUCGAGUGGAAGAUUUAAAAGAAAAGCUUCGGAUUUAUGUUUUGAAUGAAGAUAAAUACUUCAAUGAUGAUUUCGUGGGGAAAGUUAAAAUUCCAAUUUGGAAGAUUUUUGAUGCAGAGAAUAAGUUUCUUGAAACCACUUGGUAUUCUCUUCAACCCAAGAACAAAAAAUCUAAGAACAAAGAUUAUGGUGAAAUCCGUGUGGCGAUUUCAUUAUCCUUAAAUAACUCUAGUUUUGAGGAAUCACCGUCUGGUAGUCCUAACGAUGCACUUAAUAACGACAAAUAUUCGGACUUCACUAGUGAUUCAUCAUCUGUUUCAUUAUGGUCAUCUGUAAAAAGUCCUUCACGGACAUCUUCUACUAAAAUGGAAGAAGAAACUUUUGGUAAAGAAGAGAAGCCGAAUUCGCAAUCAAUUGCAGGCCGUUUUGUUCAAAUUUUCCAAAGAAGUGAAACUACAUCAACUCCCAGUCGAAGUCUUUCUGAAUCAGAUUUAUCUGAUAGACCUGAACCUGAUGUUAGUGAGAAUAGUUCUGAAAACCCAUCUGGUGGUAGCACCUUCGGCGAGCUAAUUAGUAUGAUGGAGUCAAAAGAUCAGGGAGGCGAUAUUCCAAGCAACUUACCAGGUGGAAUCCUUUUAGACCAGUCUUAUGCAGUUGCACCGCCUGACCUGAACUCUCUUCUUUUUUCACCGGAUUCGAAUUUUCCGAAAACUAUGGCAGACCUACAGGGAACUACAGAUCUGCAGUAUAAACCAUGGAAAUUUGAUGAUAGUGGUGAGAAAUUAACAAGAGUUUUUACUUAUGUAAAUGCUGCAACUAAAUUAAUCAAGUCUGUGAAAGCCACUGAGGAGCAAACAUAUUUGAAAGUGGAUGGUAAGGUUUUUGUUGUUCUAGCAAGUGUGAGCAUACCGGAUGUUAUGUACGGGAGUACUUUCAGGACAGAAAUACUCUACUGCAUAACACCAGGUCCUGAAUUGCCAUCAGGAGAGCAGUCAUCGAGACUGGUAAUAUCAUGGCGCCUUAAUUUUAUACAGAGCACCAUGAUGAAAGGCAUGAUUGAAGGUGGGGCUCGACAAGGACUUAAGGAUAGCUUUAAGCAGUAUGCAGAAACGUUGUCUCAAAGUGUUAAUGUAGUUGAUUUGAAAGAUCUUGGGUCCAGCAAGGAGCAGUGCUUAGCUUCUUUGCAGGCGGAACCACAGUCAAUUUGGAGGCUUGCUAGACAGUAUUUUUUGAAUCUUACAGUACUUUCUACGGUUGUUAUGGGAGGAUAUGUUCUCCUGCACAUAUUUGUAGCCAUGCCUAAUAAAAUCCAAGGGCUUGAGUUUGACGGACUAGACUUGCCAGAUUCUAUUGGUGAAUUUAUUGUUUGUGGAAUUCUAGUUCUUCAACUCCGUCGAGUUUUCGAGAUAACAGUGCGCUUCAUGCAUGCCAAGAAACAAAAUGGUAGCGAUCAUGGAGUGAAAGCGCAAGGGGAUGGUUGGUUGCUAACUGUUGCUUUGAUUGAAGGAAGUUCCUUGGCAGCUGUUGAUUCAAGCGGAUUUUCAGAUCCGUUCGUUGUCUUUAUUUACAAUGGUAAAAGAAGAACCAGUUCCAAAAAGUUUCCGAAACCCAACCCUCAGUGGAAUGAAAUAUUUGAAUUUGAUGCGAUGGAUGAGCCUCCAUCUAUGCUGGAGGUUGAAGUAUAUGAUUUUGAUGGGCCUUUUAGUGAACCCACAUGUCUGGGAAAUGCUGAAAUAAAUUUCUUGAAGUCAAAUAUGUCUGACCUUGCGGAUAUUUGGAUCCCUCUUAAAGGAAAAUUAGCUCAGGCAUGUCAGGCUAAGUUGCAUAUAAAAAUAUUCCUGAACAACACAAGAGGUUCCAAUGUUGUCAAAGAGUACUUAGCAAAGAUGGAGAAAGAGGUCGGAAAGAAGAUUAAUCUUCGGUCGCCUCAAACGAAUUCAGCCUUCCAAAAAAUAUUUGGGCUUCCACCAGAGGAAUUUCUCAUCAAUGAUUUCACCUGUCACUUAAGGCGGAAGAUGCCGCUUCAGGGUCGACUUUUUUUGUCUGCCAGAGUAAUUGGGUUCCAUACAAACAUGUUUGGACAUGUAACAAAAUUUUUCUUUCUUUGGGAGGAUGUGGACGAUAUUCAAUUACUUCCUCCGACCCUGGCUUCAAUGUGCAGUCCCUCCAUUAUUUUUAUAUUACGGAAAGGCAAAGGUAUGGAUGCAAAGCAUGGUGCUAAAACACAGGAUGAGGAUGGAAGGCUGAAGUUCCAUUUCCAGUCCUUUGUGUCUUUCAAUGUAGCACAGAGGACAAUAGUGGCACUAUGGAGAGCAAAAUCUUUAAGUCCUGAACAAAAGGUGCAAAUAGUUGAAGAAGAAUCUGGAGUUAAAAGUCUGCGAACGCAAGAGAGUGGAUCUUUCUUGGGGCUCGAGGAUGCAAGCAUGUCAGAGAUCUAUUCCUCUGUUCUUCCUGUUCUUAGUGAUUUCUUUAUGGAAGUGUUUGAUGGAGGUAACCUAGAUCGUAGGGUAAUGGAGAAAGUUGGAUGUCUUGACUACACACAUUCAUCAUGGGAUUUGGUGAAGUCUGAACCUGAAAUGUACCAAAGGCGAAUUUGCUACAAAUUCGACAAAAAGUUUGCUUGUUAUGGAGGAGAAGUGACAAGUACACAACAGAAAUCUAUCUUCUCUGAUAGAAAAGCAUGGAUUAUUGAAGAGGUCAUGACCCUGAACGGUGUCCCGCUUGGCGACUACUUUACUGUUCACUUAAGAUAUCAAAUAGAGGAUCUCCCCUCAAAAUCUAAGUCAUGUAAUGUACAAAUACACUUUGGAAUUGCAUGGCUGAAAGGAACAAGACAUCAGAAAAGGAUCACAAAGACAAUUCAGUCCAGUCUUACUGAUCACUUGAAAGCAAAGUUCAAUCAAGUUGAGAAGGAAUAUGUGGCAGGGUCCGCAGGGAGCUAAAUGAGUAUAUGCAUUGCCUGCUUUAGUGUGUUUCAAAGCAUAAAACUGCACAUCUUUGAGGUGGAAGGAGGGCUAAAGAGGAUUCUUCAUUCUCCAUUCCUUCACAGACAAACUCACUCGAAUUUCUUGAGUAAGGUUAGACGCAUGGGGAUCUUGAUGAAGAACUUGGAUAAUCCCAUAAGAAAAAUGUGGGCUUCAAUUUUGAUUUUAAUAUAAUGUUUUUCUUCUUUUUCACAGGUUCUGGAAAAGAAUGUAUAGAAAUACAACCAUAUAUAUGACUGAAUUUGUAAAUUUUUGUUCUCA